CUGGAGUUCUUCGAGGCGCCGUAUAUGCCUCCACUCUCACGAACCGCAGACAAGCCCAAUAUUCUCAUCUGAGAUAAGUUUGCUGACACCUUUGAAGAAUCGCGUUUGGAAGUUCCAAGAAUAUUCCCAUCGAUGUCUCACAAUGGCGCCUGCUGAACCUAACGCCAUACCUUUCAGGACACAGGGGGAUGUCCCUUUUUUCGCCGAGGAACGAGAGGGAUGGAAAGGAUAUGUUGAGUGGGAAAAAUACCCAGAAAAGCGGAAGAGGGCCGAAGAGAUACUCGCCAACUACGACUUCCCAGUGCCACCCGAAUUCCAACUGGAACCACUGCCAAGGACAAAUCCCAUUCUCACAGGGGAGCGUUGGAAGCAGUACCACUACGCCCUGGGGCCUACGCUUGAAAAACUACCAGAUAUCAGUUGGAAGUAUGUCUUACAGGAGAAGUCGGCGGACAUGAUCCACGUCUUACAGUUUCCAUAUAACGGUGAACCACCACGGACACGCCUCGUGGAGAAUGAGAUAACACCCAACAAAGACUUCUUCGUCCGCAACCAUGGUGGCAUCCCGGAAAUCAACCCCUCUGCCUAUACCUUCGACAUCUCUGGGCUCGUCAAGAACCCACAACGCCUCACCCUCGCAGACCUGAAAAACGAGGACCUUUUCCCGCGCAUUACCAAAACCGUGACCCUCCAAUGCUCGGGAACUCGGCGCAUCGAGCAAAUCCAGCAGUACCCAGGCGACGGCGACGAGCUCAUUAACGCGCCCUGGGGUGAAGGCGCCAUCGGGGCGGCCAAAUGGACAGGAGUCAGCCUCAAGAAAGUGAUCAAACGCUGCGGGGGCCUCGUCGACGACGCGGCACACCUCGAGUUCUUCGGUGCCGAUAGCUACUUCAAGAAGAAAAAGAUCUACAACUACGUCGUGAGCGUGCCGUGGCGAAAGGUCAAAGCCAAUGAGGUAAUGCUCGCGUGGGAGAUGAACGGGGAACCGCUUCCCAAAAUCCACGGGUUCCCGUUGCGGGCUGUCGUGUUUGGGUACAUCGGCGCUCGGAGCUGCAAGUGGCUGUAUGAGAUCAGGGCGAUUAAGCAUGAGAGCAUGGCCCCCGUGCAGAAGAAGGAGUAUUUGUAUUACACGCCGCAGGUGGGGAAACAGAACACGCUCUAUAGCAACGGCUUUAGUAUUCAGGACAUGCCGGUCUCGUCGGCGAUUAUGACGCCACUCGAUAAGGAGCAGAUAGUGCACGAGGGCAAGAUCAAGCUGAGAGGGUGGGCAUACUCGGGUGGAGGGCAUUGGCCGAUCCGGGUCGAGGUUUCGGGCGAUGGGGGGAGUGUGUGGUACGAGGUGCCGUAUGAGAAAUUGUCGACCAAGUAUUUUCAUGCUUGGAGAUUGUGGGAAAUUGAACUCCCUGUGGAUGCGGAGGGGUGGUUGGAGUUUUGUGUCCGGACGUGGGACAACGCGUUGAACACGCAGCCGACGUAUGUCAGGUCUGCGUGGAACUGGGAUCUUCACGUCACAUCUUCAUGUCAUCGCAUCAAGGUCUACAGCAUGAACAAGACACGUCCGCUCACAGCAAAGCGGCUCAAACAGCUCGAGGAUAAGGGAAUAUCCAUUCUUCCCAUCACGCAUCCGAUGGAGUUUGACCUUGAGACGGAUGAGGAGUAUGAAGUUGCUAUGGAGGCUAGGGGUGGACGUGAUCCCAAGGAGUGAUGACCAUGUUUGGGAUUUGCGCCGAAUGAUAUACCAGCGGAGUCAACUCAUGGUGCAACGGGGAAACGAAUGGCUUAGUCUUUCUUUAAGUGGAAUUGUAAAUGAAGCCAGCCUAUUUAGUAAUGACCUAUAUUUCC